UCUGGACAGGGAUGGGGUGGGAUGGAGCUGGGGACGGGGAUGGGGACAGAGACAGGAAUGGAGACGAGGAUUGGGAUGGAGCUCAGACUGGGAUGGGGCCGAGCUGGGAACGGGGCUGCGGAUGCGGACGGCGUCAGGGAUGGAGCUCCGGAUGGGAUCAGGGACCUCACAGCCGGACUGACACCUUCCCGCGCCGGACGGCUGCCGACAGGGUCAGCGCCGUCAAUCCCAUGGGAUGAAGACUGAGUCACCGCUGCAGCUUCUGCCCCCGUCGUGUUCCGGGAAUCAGGAGACGGGUUGGGAUGAAGGGACUCCAAAGCCCAUCCAGUCCCACCCCCACCACCGGCACAGAGACCUCCGGCUGGAUCAGGGGCUCCAGGAGCCAUCUGACCUGGUCCUUCCUGCCCCCCAUCCAUGGAUCCAGCAUGGAUCCCUCUGCAGAUCCUCCUGCCCUCCAUCCAUGGAUCCAGCCUGGAUCCCUCUGCAGAUCCUCCUGCCCUCCAUCCAUGGAUCCAGCCUGGAUCCCUCUGCAGAUCCUCCUGCCCUCCAUCCAUGGAUCCAGCCCGGAUCCCUCUGCAGAUCCUCCUGCCCUCCAUCCACGGAUCCAGCCUGGAUCCCUCUGCAGAUCCUCCUGCCCUCCAUCCAUGGAUCCAGCCUGGAUCCCUCUGCAGAUCCUCCUGCCCUCCAUCCAUGGAUCCAACCUGGAUCCCUCUGCAGAUCCUCCUGCCCCCCAUCCAUGGAUCCAGCCUGGAUCCCUCUGCAGAUCCUCCUGCCCUCCAUCCAUGGAUCCCUCUGCAGAUCCUCCUGCCCUCCAUCCAUGGAUCCCUCUGCAGAUCCUCCUGCCCUCCAUCCAGGGAUCCCAGACCCUCCCACCACUCCUCAGGAUGAAUUCAGUCAGGGAGAACACACAAAAGCUUUAGGAUUUUCCUGCCCUUCGCCACUCAAAUCGGGACCUGCCAGCACGGAGCACCGGAUCACAGCAUCGGCACGGAUCCAUCCCCAAAUGCUUCGCCCCAUCCGAGAGGUCUCCGGUCCCUUCCAAAAGGAGGUGGCAGCUCCUCGGGCACCCGGAGCCGCGGCCGCCCUCUCGCCUCCCAGCAACAAAGGCAGGAAGGACGGCGUUCGGGGUUGUUUUUCUGCUCGCUCUCAGCCUUCCUGUGCAGAUGAUAAGGCAGGAAGAGGCAGGGUGGGAACCUCCUGCCGAGGCAUCCUGGACAUUUCGCAGCCGAGGGCUUUCUGGAACGCGGUCCCUCGAGCAGACGGGGCCACUGCUCCUGCCUUGCUUCCCAGCCCUCCAUCCACACCGAGACCUCGCUCCAAGCGCUGCCCAGAUCGGAGCAAAACGAGCCACGGGGAAAGCGCUGAGCACCGAGCGUUCAUUCAGGCGGAUCCCAGUCCCGCAUUAGGGGUUGGGGCAAACCUAAGCACAAAUCCAGGCAGAGAACGGAUUGGGAGCAGCCCUGAGGAGAAGGGCUUGGGGUGAUAGGGAUGAGAAGCUCCACAGGAGACGGGAAUGUGUGCUUGGAGCCCAGAAACCCCCCUGGGCUGCAUCCCGAGCCAUGGGACCAGCAGGGAGGGACGGAUCCUGCCCCUCUGCUCUGGUGAGACCCACCUGGAGGCUGUGUCCAACUCUGGAGUCCUCAGCACAGGGAGGACAUGGAGCUGUUGGUCCAGAGGAGGCCACGGAGAUGAUCCAAGGGCUGGAGGGUUGGGGCCAGUUCUGGAAUCCUCAACUGAAGAAGGAGAUGGAGCUGUUGGAACGGGUCCAGAGGAGGCUCCGAGGAUGAUCCAAGGGCUGGAGCACCUCCCGUCCGAGGACAGGCUGAGAGAGUUGGGGUUGUUCAGCCUGGAGAAGAGAAGGC